AUCGUCGUUAAUGUCUGUUCGAGCCGAGCGCGUAAUGGACCGUCGUCGCGUUGCCUCCGACAUUAUAUUAUGUCGUCGUUCGUCGUAGUAGUAUGCUGGCCAGCGCAGCGUGCAGGUACCUACAGGUUACGGUGUAAUAUCGUAGACGUACACGCGUCGUCGCGGUCGCGGCCGGGAAGUGGACGUGCCGCGGCACCGCAUUCCUCGCUCCCCGGACGGUGUAGGGCGGAGCGAGCUCGCCGAGCUAUAGCAAAAGACCUUGAAGGCUCACGCAGACAACCUUCACGGCGGAACCGGACCCUGUGGUACGCGCGUUGUCCGGCAAGAGCGCGCGCGCAUUCGUCCGAGCACAGUGGUGGGGGCUUACGGCGGCGCGCAGUCACUGACUCCUGCCGCAUCCCCGCCCGGCGGUCGCUACACGUCUCCCCCGUCGCGCGCCGUCUUCCUUCCCCGUAAGAAAUCUGACGACACGCACAUAAUAUCCUUACCUGCCGCUUAUUUUUUACUUUUUCGUCACUAUACAGUGUUAUAUAUACAUCAUAACACAUAUAAAUGUCUAUUUUUCUUCCGAAAAAUUACCCGUCAACAUUUCCAAUUUCAAAACCCCACAGACCAUAACCGUUAAAAAUAAAAAUCCAAUUCGCACGAUCUCGGCGAGACAGACAGAAGUUCGCGACGUUUUCCCAAAAAGAAACACCACUACUCACACACACUCACUGUAAACGAAGCUCGAUUGCCCGUUGCAGUGUGGGUCUGUUAUCUGUAUGUGCGUAUUUUGUUUCUCACGUGUAUAAUAUUAUAAUAUUUCAUACAUAAUAAUAAUAUUAUAGCCGAAAGCCGAUUUUGUAUAAUACGAUAAUACAAUAUUAUAUAUAAUUUAUAAUAUGAUUAUUCAUUAUUGUGUGGUACGCGUUUACAAACGCGCGUGAUACUGUUGUACGCACGCGCAGUACUGCUUGUUUUUAAAUGCAGUCGCCGCCGCCGUAGUUUCCUCGUAAGUCGUAACCACCGUCGUGUGUUUGAGCGCGCUCCCGCCGCGAACGUGUGCGUGUGUCCGCGUACCUGUUGCUGUGCGCGCCGCAUUCCGUAACCGCUCAGCCACCCGAUCGGACGUCGGCUGUCGCCGUCACCACCACCUAGCGCUUAGGAAAUUCAAAAAAAAACCGACAACUACGCCGCUGGCGUGUUUUGCGUUCACAUUUUGUUUUUGUUGUUUUUCCCGAUCAUAUCUCUGUUUCCUUUGACGUAUACACCAUCGAUACGACAAGUGCGUCCGUUUCAGUCGUUUAAUCGUGCGCGACCGUAACCGUCGUUUUCGUGCAUAUAUUAUAUUUUUUAUAUAUAAAAACCGUUUUUGCAUUUGUAUUCAAAAUUGAGCGUUUGUGCGCGUCCGGUGUGUUUCUCGACCCCCGAGGAUGUUAUAACGGGUCGGAAACGUCUUGCAGCGUGGACAUGGACCACAGGGAAUACGGGGAACGCGUGUCGCCGCCGCUGCCUCAGCAGCAGCAGCAACUACAACAACAACAGCAGCAUCAGCAACAGCAACAACAGCAACAACAUCAGCCACAGCAACACUUGCAACAGCAGCAACCGCAACAACCGCUUCCGCCCCCCGCCAACCACACCGAUCAGAAUGGAGAUCGCAUCGUCUGGGAGUUCCAUCAAGUUACUCUGAACCGUGUGCCCGGUUACGGGUUCGGAAUCGCGGUAAGCGGCGGCCGAGACAAUCCUCAUUUCGCCAACGGUGACCCGUCGAUAGCCGUGUCGGAUGUGUUGAAGUCCGGUCCCGCCGAAGGAAAGCUCAUGGUUAACGACAGGCUAAUGACCGCUAACGGCGUGUCACUGGACAACGUCGAAUACGGUACGGCAGUUGCUGUGCUGAGGGAAUGUGGCGAGAGCGUGACAUUGUCGCUGAGACGUCGUCUGGUGUUGCCCUCAAACACGCCACACACGCUGCGCAUUCAUCUGAAUAAGACCAGGAAAAAAGACGAUUUCGGAAUCGUUUUGGGAAGCAGGAUUUUUAUCAAAGAAGGAACAAAGGGCGGUGAUAACAGUGUACAGGAAGGUGACGUGCUGUUGAAGAUCAACAAUCAUUCGGUGGUGGACGGCAUGACGCUCAAAGAAGCCAGGCGACUGAUCGAAUCGGCCAAAGACAAACUAAGUUUGACUGUGCGCCGAGAAGGAAGCUCCAACGGACACGUUUUACAAUAUUCGGGUUCAUCCGAACCGACGUCUCUGCACACAAAAGAAAAUAACAACUAUAUGGACGGUAUCAACGGGUCGGCGUAUCCAUCUCAAAACUUGUACGUACAACCACCCAGCAGGACCAUGCUGGAAGAAGCCAAAAGCAAUUUGGCACCACGUGGACGAUCCCGUAACCCUCUGUUGGAUUCCGUUUCCCUGAGCCAACUGGACAGGCCCACAUCUGCCAUGGAUAACAACACAACAUCGGCUAAUAAUUUGCAUAACGGUGAUCUGGGACCUACAUACAACCAUGGUCGUACUAGAAGUGGCGCUGAAGACCAUUCAGAACCUCCUCGCCCGCCACCACCGAGACCCGAAGACUAUUACAGUACAACUAGACAGUUUUAUGAAGAUACGUUACCUCAAAAAUCAAAACAUUUGAAACCCGAUCCUCGGUUUAUUACAUUCCAAAAAGAAGGGUCGGUUGGUAUUCGAUUGACAGGUGGCAACGAGGUUGGUAUAUUCGUCACUGCCGUGCAGCCUGGAAGUCCGGCAUUUACCCAAGGUCUGCAACCAGGUGACAAGAUAUUAAAAGUGAACGAUAUGGAUAUGAAAGGUGUGACUCGUGAAGAAGCUGUGCUAUUCUUGUUGAGCCUUCAAGAUCAAAUACAUCUUAUCGUUCAACACAGACGCGAUCAAUACGAACAAAUCAUGAACAAUCAACGAGGCGAUUCAUUCCACAUUAAGACUCAUUUUGACUACGAACAGCCCAACAAAGGUGAAAUGAGCUUCUGCAAAGGCGAUGUUUUCCAUGUAAUGGACACAUUGCACAAUGGUGUAGUUGGUUCUUGGCAAGUAUUCCGUAUUGGAAGAAACAAUCAAGAAGUCCAAAAAGGUAUAAUACCGAAUAAGGCUAGAGCUGAAGAACUAGCUACAGCGCAGUUUAAUGCUACUAAGAAAGAGAUGAACGCUUCAGAAAGUAAAGGAGGUUUCUUUAGACGACGAAAACACAAUCACCGCAGAUCAAAAUCAUUGAGCAAGGAAAAUUGGGAUGAUGUGGUGUUCGGGGAUAGUAUAAGCAAGUUCCCAGCCUACGAAAAAGUGGUAUUGAGUCAUACAGGGUUCGUACGACCAGUUGUUUUGUUUGGACCGAUAUCAGAUAUUGCCCGAGAAAAACUUACCAAAGACUUUCCCGACAAAUUCUUAUCUCCUCAACUCGAAAACAACACUACUGACGGAAGCAAGAAAAUCAGUGGUAUAAUACGUUUAAGUGCUAUUCGUGAUAUUAUGGACCGAGGGAAACACGCCUUGUUAGAUGUCACCCCAAAUGCUGUUGACCGUUUAAACUAUGCUCAAUUUUAUCCUAUAGUCAUCAUGUUGCGCGCCGAUAACAAACAAGUGGUCAAAGAACUACGUGCUGGGUUACCAAAAACUGCACACAAGAGCAGUAAAAAGCUAUUGGAACAAUGUCAAAAAUUAGAAAAAGUGUGGUCUCAUGUAUUUACUUCAUCACUUACUCUAAAUGGAGGAGACGCUUGGUAUCGCAAGCUUCGAGAACUAAUCGAUAAACACCAGAGUUCUCCAACUUGGGUCAGCGAGACAAAGCCUGAAGAAAACCUGUCUGAUGAUUUGUUAUUCCCGAUGACCUCCUUACGUUUGUCAUAUGCAUCAUCUCCUGAAAGUGAUAUGGAGACUAGUAACACAACAUUAGCAUCCCCAACUUCUACUGCAGCGGCCAGUCCAUCUGCAAUUGGUUCAAGACUAGUGAAAAGUUCAAGUGAUCCAAGUAUUACAACUCAGGAUGAUUCUGCCAUUCCUAAUUAUAAUCCACCUCCACCAUAUUCACCUUCAGUGUUUAAACAAGCGAGUUAUGAGCCUCCUCAAACAUUACGUAUGGCUGGUCCUCCUACUCACACAACACUAAUGGUAAAUGGUAAUGGGCCACCAGAUUUACCGCCUCGCGUCGAUAGAAACACAAAACCAUUGCAUGGAAAUCGCGCUAAUGGUCAAAGAUCAGCCACAGAUAGAUUAUUCAGUCCAAACGGUAUGGAAGAUAUACCUAAUUACAUAAAUGCAACUCCCCAUCAUCAGAGGACCCAUACCAGCAGUAGUAAACAAUUGUAUGAUAUGCACAAUAGCUAUGACAGUGUAUCUUCAUAUGAUAGUUAUGGUGUACGCAUGAAUGGAGGUAGCAACGGUAGUGCAAACCUUACAACAACUUUGUGUUCAAACUCUCAGGAUGAUCUUAAGUCUGGCAGCAAUAACACUCUAGGUAGACAUCAUGAUCCUUAUAGAUUUACUAGAUCAACUCAACAACCAGUUGACACUAAAAUAUCAGACUAUCCAAAAUACAGACCUCCAGGUGGUACUUCUGGAGGUAUGAUUGAGUAUGCCACUAGUAAACCCCUUCCAUUGCCAAAAUCACCUCCACAACAACAAUCUUAUAAGCCUGUACCACCUCCAAAACCUAAAAAUUACCGACCACCAGUACAGCAGCAACAGCAACAACAACAGCAACAUCAACAGCAAUAUUAUCAACCCCCUCCAGCUGGUUUCCAGCACUCAAAAUCAUUCAGCAUGGCAGAUAGCACAUAUUCAUCACAUAUAUCCAAUGGGAUGCCUUCAUCACCUAGCAAGUACUCAUCAGAAUCAACAGAUGUGAAUACUGCUGAUUCGGGCCAUGGUAGUAGCUUAGAUAGGGGUUAUGAUCGACGAGGUGGUAAUGGACAACAGCCUUCUCAACAAAUGGAUCGUAGCCAUAUAUACUACAAACACCAUAGAGAUCCAAAUGCACUGGACUUAACACAACAUCGUGACCAACGAGGUAGCGCAUUUGAAUUGUACAAGAAGCCAUCAGUAGCUGGUGAUCAUAGAAUGUCGAAUGGAGGUGACCAUAGAAUGUCAAAUGGCGGUGAUCACAGAAUGACUAAUGGCGGCGAUCAUAGGGUGUCAAACGGUGGUGGGCACUACAAUGUGGAUGCGCUUCGGUGACAACGACAGUAUCCGGUUAGAUUUUAAAGGUGAUUUGACCGGGUUCAAACGAGCAUAAACGCUUACCUAUAAUUUUAUCUCAUCGAAAAUUGUAUAUUACGAUAUAAAUAUUUAUAAGAUGUUCAUAAAUUUGUUUUUUCAAUAGAUGGACUGAUUGACAGUAAUUUAUUUUUUUUUUUUUUGUUAAGUCUUAUGUGUAUUUUUUUAUUUAUUCAUAUUUUACCGAUAAGUAAACUCAGUUGUUUGUUAUUUUUAUUUUUAUUAUUAUACUAUUUAAAUCACAAUUUGUAUUCAUCAAUAUCCAUCAAGAUUAAUUAAUUGAACAAAAGUUAAAAUAAUUUGCAUAUUUUACAUACAAAAUGUGAAUUUAACAAGCAACAAAAGUCUGAACAAACUGAGCAUGCACUGAAUGUACAAGCAGUGCCAUUGGGUUGAACAAAUUAAAAAUCGUUGGCCAAUUCACGUGGCCAAGUUAAUAGUUAAUAGUGUUUGGCUAUUAGAUCAAAUUUUUAAAUUAUAUUUCUAUAAAUUUUUAUUAUGUUAAAAGUUAUUAAAAUGUUCAAAUAUUUGUGCCUUAUUUGUAUUUCUUGCCCUUCUAAUGUGCAAAAAAAAUAACUACACAAAAUAUUUUUAAACUAUUUUACUUCCCAAAAGAAUGGAAGAUUAAUUAUAAUAUUUUUGUGAUUUUGUACCGUUAUGGUUUUAUCUUAUUUUUAUUCUCUUAAAUUUUUAAUUACAAUUACGCUUUAAACAAUGUUAUUACAAUAUUAUUAUUAUUUGAUGUAUGAAUACUUUUAAUAGUUUCUAUUUAACUUAAGUUUUUAUCUGUAUAAGAAUUUUUUUAUUAUUACUAUGUUAAAACAUGCUCCAACUAUCCAUAAAUAUAGAUACUUAUGUAAUUAUGUUAUUAGAGUAAUUAAGUAUUUUUUUUCUGAUUGAAACUGUAUCAUUAAUUUUGAUCGGGAUUUAAAAAAAAAAACAUUGUGUAUAAUAAAAACAAAU